AUGGUCUUACAGAACAAGUACAAGGCAAGAGCAUCCAGACGCUACCAAGCUCAAAGGGGAGGAGGCUCUGCACCGCAAGGCACCAGGGGCAGAGGCGGCCGAAGCGCUGGACCGUCGCAUCAAGCCGCGCAUCCGGACGCAGCGGAUUACGAGGAGCAUACCAGCGGCGAUGAGGCCAGUGACGACGAAGACGACGAAGGCGGUGUCGGCCAUGUCAGCGUGCUCUACGGAGCUCAAGGAGAAACCGGGAGUCCAAAAAGCGGUGCUUUGUCUUCCAUCGCUGGAGCCGGGGAGCCAAAGCAGCCGAGAGGUGCUGAAGGGUCACAGCGCAGCAAGUACGCGAAGCGCAAGCUCGAAAGCAAUGCUUGGAGGUUUGAGCGGUCAGAUGGCGAAGAGGGGGCAGAAGAUGCAUCACCAGAGCCAGAGGUCGAUCUGACGGCUGUCUUCGAAAAAGCUAGAAUCGCACAUCAGGCAGGUAAAGACGGCUCAGAGACGCUAGGCACGAAUUCCACAGAUGAUCUGGAGGACGUCGAUCACAGUCUUGCUUAUCUUCAUGAGAGAGCCUCGACUAGGACACGAGGAACGUCUAGCAGAGUCUCUUUGCCCUCCAGCUCUUCGAAGUCUCGCAUGGAGCACAUCUCAUCAUCACGCGAGGGAUAUGAAGAAGCACAGAGAGCCAACCGACAGGCAAAGGAGCGGAGUGAUGCGAAAAUGAAGAUAUGGGGAAAGCUGCAAGACGAUUUGAAAGCCAAUACCCGAAAUGACAGAGGCGGAGGUACGGACGGGCGGAGUGUAGGGGCGCCUGGAGCAGUCCAAGCAAGAAGCAACGACAAGGCAAACAUCAAGGCUCUGGAUGGGGAAGAUUUCCUGGACUCGGUAUUGAGCUAA